AUGGCACAGCGAGACGCUAGCCCAGACAGCUUCGCACAGGUCCAGGCCGGGGUUUUAGAGAGAGACAACGAGAAGGACGGUGGUGUACUGUGUACAGGAUCUUCGUCGAGCACAGCGGCCACCUCAACCUCACGUACCUCCCCAUCCCAGACAAAUCCUCAGACCGACGUCGAAGCCCUCCGCCACGAUGCCUCUUCAUUGAACCGCGUUCACACGUCGAAGAGCCAACAUUCACAAACAGUCGGCGACGGCGCCCGUGGCGGUCUCGGUAUCUUCCGCAGCAGGUCUACGCGUUCUCGCCCUCUACCAGCGUUCGGCGCAGGAAAACCGUAUCCUCCUCCUCUCGGUAACCAGGAAGACUAUGUCGUCGAGUUCGAUGGGGAGGAUGACCCGUUGCAUGCGCAGAAUUGGGCGUUGGGGAAGAAGUUGUUUACUGCGUUGAUGUUGGGAUUUACGACAGUCACAGCAUCAUUCGCUAGUUCGAUAUUCAGUACCGCGACGAGAGCAAUCGAGCUACAGUUCAACGUCGGCUAUGUGGUCGCUACACUGGGUACAUCGUUGUACAUCCUAGGCUUUGCGACGGGACCGGUUCUCUGGGCGCCUUUCUCAGAACUGAAAGGGAGGAGAUUGCCGCUUGUGGUGGCAUCGUUUGGCUUCUCGGUCUUCAACAUUGCGUGUGCGACGGCCAAGGAUCUGCAGACUAUCUUGAUCUGUCGAUUUUUCGCGGGGUUCUUUGGCGCGUGUCCGAUUACCAUCGUUGCCGCAGUCUUCGCCGACAUGUUCGCCAACAGGACGCGUGGAAUAGCAAUCUGCCUCUUCAGCGUAAUGGUCUUUACAGGCCCCUUCCUCGCUCCUUUUAUCGGCGGCUUCAUAGUCAUGUCGAAUUCCUGGCGAUGGACUCAGUACCUUGUCUCUUUCAUGGGUUUCGCCUCCUUCACCCUCAUGCUCCUCUUCCUCGACGAAUCCUACCCACCCAUCAUCCUCGUCGCCAAAGCCGCCGAACUACGUCGCCGCACAAAGAACUGGGGCAUUCACGCUAAGCAAGAAGAGAUUGAAGUCGAUUUCCGCGAGUUGAUCGAAAAGAACUUUUCGAGGCCGCUUAGGAUGCUGGUCACAGAGCGUAUUGUGCUGCUGCUCAGUAUAUACAUCGCCUUCAUCUACGGAUUGCUGUAUCUCUUCCUCACAGCAUACCCGAUCGUAUUCCAGGGCGUCCAUGGUAUGAACCCGGGUGUUGGUGGUCUGCCGUUCUUUGGAAUGAUCAUCGGGGAGUUGUUUGCUGGCGUGUUUAUCUUUGCGAGGCAGCCGGGAUACCAGAAGAAGCUUGCUGCUAACAACAAUGUUCCCAUUCCGGAGUGGCGGUUACCCGAGGUUAUCGUGGGUGGUGUCGCUUUCGCGGGGGGUUUAUUCUGGUUCGGAUGGACCGGAUAUCGCGCGGACAUCCACUGGAUCGUGCCUACGUGCUCUGGAUUGCUAAUCGGAUUCGGUAUCAUGAGUAUCUUUUUGCAGUCGUUCAACUAUAUCAUCGACGCUUAUCUCAUGUUUGCCGCUUCGGCGAUCGCAGCGAACACGUUCCUUCGUAGCAUAUGGGGGGCAGCGUUUCCUCUCUUCGCGAAAGAGAUGUUCGAGGGUAUGGGCGUUGAAUGGGCUUCGACUUUACUUGGAUGUUUCGCUGCUGCGAUGAUACCUGUGCCAAUUUGGUUUUACCUCCAAGGUGCGAAGAUCAGAGAGAAGAGCGAAGACACCACCAUGGCGUUCAACUGUUCCACCGUCCCCGAGACAACAAACACCGACGCAGGAGUAGCAGGCGCAGGCACCCUCCUCUCCUUCAUAAUAACCAACAUCCUCUCCAUCCUCCUCUCCGCCACCAUAAUCCUGCUCGGCCUCCGAAAAUCCACCUCCGCCCCCAUCAGCCGCAAACUGUUGCAAUCCUUCUCCGACCAACAGAUCCUCACCGGAAUCGGCAUCCAAUCCGUCGGCCUCGCAAAAAUGAAAACAAUGGUACCCUACCACUUCUUCAUCAUCUGGCUCCUCUCCCUCCUCUCCACCGCCACAAACCUCGCCACCCUCCUCGCCCUCGUCAACGACUUCAAGCGCGACUGGGUGCUACGCUGGAUCCGGCAGAUCCUCAUGUUGGUAAACAUGUUUUUGGGCAUCCUCUCUGGGGUAUUCAUCCUGCAGACCGUUAUGAAAGACAUGGAGCCCAGAUUACCGAUUGCAUGUGUCUGGGAAGUAGAAAGCAAAGGCCGGAGCGGAAACGCCGCACUCUCCAUCGCCGGCACCAUCGCCGUCAUCGCAGGCCAAGUCAUCACAUUCGGCUUCGCAACAUGGUACCUGCACAACCGGUCCAACCCCAAAUGGCUCAAAACGGUGCAAGUCGUCGGUCUCUUCGCCUGUCUCGCCAUGGGCGUCGGCGCUACCGUACGCGUCGUUCUCGAAUCCCAGGCUUUCGGUCAUCCACCCGAGUCCGUUCAUCUUGUGGGCCCCUCUGAGGGCAACUGGAGUUUUGGGCAGUUGUUACCGUUGCUGUUGUUGGCGUUGCCGGUGAUUAGUACGAUUGAGAUUGCGAGGGGGGAGGAGAUGAAGCCGAGGAGUAGGGUUGAUGAUGAUAGUGUGCCGCUUUUUGCGGGCGGGGGCGGGAAUGAUAUGGAGUUUCAGCCUAAUCCGCUGGUGGGGAGUCAGACGAGUUUGUUUAGGAAAUAG